AUGACGCAGCCAUCUAUUGGCGCCCAGGCGUCUCGCUUCGCGCGAGACUUUACACUAAAUGGCGUGUCCCGGACGCGCAUGCCCAAGCUCGUCUACGGCACGGCUUGGAAAAAGGACAAGACGGCCAACUUGGUGUAUACGGCUCUCAAGGCUGGCUUUCGCGGCAUCGACACGGCAGCUCAGCCAAAGCACUACGACGAGCCGGGAGUUGCGGCUGGCUUUAGGAAGGCCGUCUCAGAAGGCAUUGUGAAGCGCGGGGAUGUUUUUAUUCAAACAAAGUUUACGCCGCCAGGGGGUCAAAAUGAUAACGCGCCGUAUGAUUUUGACGCAUCUAUUGAAGACAAGGUCCAUCAAUCUGUACAGUCAUCGCUCCUGAACUUCACUAUAGAGGGCGAGGAGGUAUAUCUUGACAGUGUUGUUCUACACUCGCCGCUGGACACCCUCAACGACACCAUCGCGGCGUGGAAGACCCUCGAAGGAUACCACCCGCAUAAAAUACGAAACCUGGGCAUCUCAAAUGCUACGCUCGGAAUCGUCGAGGCAUUGCAUAGCCGUGUCACCGUCAAGCCCGCCGUCGUGCAAAACCGUUUCUAUCCCGACACCAACUACGAGGUUGGGCUACGCGCCUUCUGUAAGGAGCACGAUAUCAAAUUCCAAUCCUUCUGGACCAUUGGUGCGAACCCGCACUUGGUCAAGAGUCAGCCGGUCAUCGAUGUUGUGGAUGGGGCCGGUGUUGGUCCUGUGUCUGCGUACUACGCCCUGGUCAUGGGCUUGGAAGGAGUCACAAUCUUAGACGGAACCACAAAAGAGGUUCAUAUGAAGGAAGACCUAGAGGGUCUUGAGCGCGUCGGCACAUGGGCCGACGGAGACGGUGCGGCGACGUGGGAGAAGGCUUUGGGCGAUUUCAAAGAGCUUAUCGAGGAGCCCUGA